GGGCACACUAGGGAGGGGUCGAGAUCGGCUGCAUGAAAGUUUUCAUUUCAAGUGAUCGCCGCUAGGAUGGGUGCUGGGGAUUAUAUCUGCGUGACGGUCCUCGGAGGAGCGCCUUGGGGCUUCAGCCUGUCGGGGGGUAAGAAGGACAAGAAACCCCUGCAGGUCUCGAAGAUUGAACAAGGAGGUAAGGCCUACCUGGCAGGACUCAGUGAGGGUGAUGAAGUGGUCUCCAUCAACGGAAAGCCCUGCUCAGACCUCUCCUGGCCCGAUGCUAUGAUGAUCCUUGCCAACGUGGAGGACAGCCUGCAGAUGUUAAUUAAACGGUCAUCCACGGUUUUCCAUGAUUUCCCUGAUGAAGAGCUGGAAUCGGCAUAUUUUGAUGGUGCCCCCACUACCACUAUGCCAGGCAUUAGAAGCACCACUUUGCAGAUCUGGCCGUCCUGCACGGCGCCUCCUCCGAGGGAGCUCUACAUCUCAGAAUCUCAAGAUGAGGCCUACUAUGGGGAAAGUGAGAGCGACACUGAUUUGUCCACUGGUGCCCGGCUGCGAGACCCCAAAUCCAACAGCAGCCAAGGAGCAAAGUGUGACGUCGGAGGAGCAAUGGAGUUUCAUCAGGGAGAGGUGGUGGAGCUGUGCUUGUCCUUCCCCGAAGGCAAACGUGAAGAUGUCGGAGGGGCUCCCGUGAGAGUGGGGCAUCGGCCACUAAGAGGGGUCACCCAGGGCUUCACAGUGCCAGAUUCCGAGGGUGCCCACCCAGGGCCUUCCUUUCAGCCUGUGGUGAUUUCCCGGGGUAAAAUAGAGCUGACAGGAACAGGUGACGAGGGGUCAGCUAGCACCCUGGCCCCCCAAAGUCGGGUGGAAUUGACCCUGCAGCCCAUUUUGAAAGGAAGGCAGGAGGAACGGAGAGAGGAGGAGGAGGAGGAGGAGGAAGUGGUGGUCUUGUGUAGGUCACAGUUGGGCAGGAGGGGGUGGGUGGAAGGAGGGCCCACUGAAGCACCUCCUGCCGUCACAGUCUCCUUUGGAAUCUCGUCAGAGGGUGAGCAAGAAGAAGAAGACGAAGGAGAAGAAGAACAGGAGGAGAGGGACUCGGAAUCAGAGAGCCGACCCAACAAGCACCGGGCGAGGCACGCCAGGCUCAGGCGCUCGGAGAGCCUGUCAGAGAAGCAGGUGAAGGAGGCCAAGUCUAAAUGUAAGCGCAUUGCCCUCUUGCUAACUGCGGCUCCCAACCCCAAUAACAAGGGGGUGUUGAUGUUUAAGAAGCACAGACAAAGGGCCAAGAAGUACACGCUGGUCAGCUACGGAACCGGAGAAGAAGAACCCGAGGAAGAGACGGAAGAGCCUGAAGAGGGCUACACAGACAACGCCUUCGAAGUCACCUUUCUGGCUGCGAGCGAAUCCGUGCUCGACGACGAGUUCUUUGUGGGUGGCCAAAGCCGCAUUGUGACGCUCAACUUAGACACGGGGCUGCUGGAAAUUGAGAAGAAUCUCAACGACCAAAAGGAAAUGGAGCGACUCCCAGAGACGAGGGGCAAAGGUGCCCUCAUGUUUGCUCGACGUAGGCAGAGGGUCGAUCAGAUCACUGCUGAACAGGAAGAGAUGCGAAGGAAGGGCAUUCCUGUGGAGGAUCCCCGGGAAAUCAUGGGGGCAGAGACAGAGCAGAGCGCCACCUACAGAGUCCAAGAAGCAUCGUAUUCAGAGAAAACAGCAUACAAUCAGAGUCAUAGCAGCCAGAGCUACAUCGAUGUUGGGCAAAAAGCACAAGUGCCCAUGCAACAUGGACAGACCUACGGAGGUCCGAAUGUAAAUGGAAUCGUUGGAAAGUCUGAAAUGGCUCAGCACACCGCAGCCUACCACAGCACAGAAUUACAGAUGUCUACCGGCACAAACAGAACCGCCAAGCCUUUCUCUGGCGUGCAGAACAGGGCGGCCGCACCCUUUUCGCCGAUCCGAAGUGUCACCAGCCCCAUUUCAGAUGUGCCAGCCCAACCGCAUUAUACUUCACAGUGCAGAGUGCCUAUCAACACCCAGCAAGUCUGGUCACCCACGGGCGCGGGUGAAGACAUAGCAUCCCGAGACGAGAGGAUCUCAGUUCCGGCAAUCAAAACUGGAAUUCUGCAGGACACCCGGAAGAGGAACACCUCGAAGCCCAUGUUUACUUUCAAGGAGCCGCCAAAGGUGUCGCCCAACCCCGAGCUUCUAAAUCUCCUCAACAAGCCUGAUAAAAGGAUUCCCGGUUGUGAAUACGGCCCAGAAGAAGAUUACCUAAGUCUCGGUGCAGAAGCCUGCAACUUUCUGCAGUCGUCCACAGUUAAACAGAAGACUCCUCCGCCCGUGGCUCCUAAACCAAACAUCAAUCCAGCUUCUCCUCCUUGGUCUCCUCCGCCUGAACCUUCAACUCAAGCACCUAACUUGCCAGCUCCAGACACGGAACCGACUGUCACAGUGACCCCCAUUCAGCCUAUCCCACCACAGCAAGCCCCCAUUGUAUACAGGCAGCCUCCACUUGUAGUCAACACCGCAGUGUCACCAUCGGCUGUGCCAUACCCAUCCACUUUGGCUCACUCAUAUUCAUCGAAAACACCACCCACCACCCCUGUGGGAAACGCCGCACCUGCGGGUGGCCUGGGCCCGGCUUUCGAAAUGCCCGCAUUGAGGGGCAGGGGCGCUGAGCUUUUUGCCAAGAGGCAGUCCCGAAUGGAGAAGUAUGUUGUGGACUCCUCCACUGUGCAGGCCAAUCAAGCCAGAUCUUCAUCACCAACCCCAUCUUUGCCCGCUUCAUGGAAAUACUCGCCUAACGGCAGAGCCCCCCCUCCGUUGGCGUAUAACCCAAUUCAUUCUCCCUCUUACCCUCCAGGAGCAGCCAAGAACCAGCCAAAGUCAGGCCCUUCGGCAAAAACUAAGACCAAACCAAAAGGCCCCACCAAAGUUCUCCAUGCCCUGGAUGUCAUGAAGCACCAGCCUUACCAGCUAAACUCCUCUCUGUUCACCUAUGGUCCCCCCACUGAUAGCAAGACCCCUCAAACCAAAGCUCCCUCAACUUCUUCUAUGCAGCCAAUGAAAUACGAGCCUGUGCCGCCUGUGAAAGCAGUUGGACAGAUGAAUGUUGGAUACGCGUCUCCACAGCAGCCACCCCAGGUGCCAAGAGGACCAUCCUAUGGGUUGACACCAAUGUCUACCAUUGGGCAUGAUGCUUCCUUCCAGCCUGCCGCUAAUGCCAUGGGAGCUGCCACCUACCCUCAGUUUACCAAGAAUGAGCAAGGAAUGGGAGUCACCAUGCUGGCUCCGAGGCCCAAGUUUUCCGCAAAGAAAACCGGCGUCACCGCACAGGGCCUUGACCGGAGUCGAUCCCUGAGCCUGCCAAGACGACUGCCAUCUUCCGACUUCCAGAGCAUCUCCCUGUGUACCACUCCUGUCUUCCAGCCUACCGAUGGCCUUUUCCAGAAGCAAAGGUCGUUCAUAGAUCAUGGUGGGAAAGCACCGACUCCAUGGCAGGCUGCUGCAAGAAGUCCGCUGGGUCUGGUUGACGAGGCCUUUACUUACCAAAAUGUUCAAGAGUCUGUCGCGGCCAGUGUUAUUUCAGCAGCUCAGAGGAAAACGCUACCGGAGCCACCGAUGGAGUGGAAAGAGAAGGUUUCCUACACACCACCCUCCAAAGGGAUUCAGCAGUACCAACAGCAUCCCCUCUCCUUAAAAACCACCCUUUCUGAUCCACCAUCAUCUGUUUCGUAUGGUCCUCCAAUCAAAUAUGUCUUUCAAUCGCAGCGAUCGAAAACAGAUUCUGAAAUUCAGUACAGGGCAUCAGGUUCCGACUGUGGGGUCUAUGGAAAAGCUAGGAGUGACACGAAUUACAAUGUGUACCCCAGGGUCUGGAGACGAUAAACAAAUAAUAAUAAUAAAAAGAAAAAAACUUCACCUAAAACAACGGGCACCCCACUUAUUAGGAUCGAGUGAUUCUAAUAUUUCUUUAGUCGAUAUUCACAGUAACACAAAAAUCGAUUGGAGGUUUGAUUUUCAACUUUACAAGUGAACUAAUGUUUAGUGUGACUCUUGAAAUGAAAGAGGAGAAGAAGGGGGCAACAUUGUGAAAGUGGAAUGUUUCGGACAUGUAAAAUGGACAGACUACAUGAUGCUAUUGUUUCAUAGUCUGUCUACAGAAAAAGGACGCAAUAGGAACGAGAGGUGGCUUGCUUAGUGAGAUUGGUGGCAUUUGGCGUAGUAGGCAGGAUCUGAUAAAAAGAAGGGAGUUGGUACUGUAAGUCUGGGUCACUAUGUAACAGUUUUUGGUUGAUGACUUUUGCAGUGCAUGCCGCUGGCUGAUACAAGCUCUGCACUGUAGAAUCACAACAGAAAUCCGGCAAAAUAUGUCGAGUUUGUUUGAAGUUUUAUGCAAUACAAAUGAUGAGAUAUAAGGUAAUGAACUGAACAGUAAACAAUAUAUUUAUGAUUGUCACGUUUUAGUUGUGUAGGCUACUCAACAGGAUUAUUUUUGGCAUACACGUAUAUAAAAAAAGAAAUACACAGCUUCUAGAUUUGUGUUCUUCAACAGGUGAACAAAUUGACAGGCUGCAAGAGCAGCAACGAUAUUACACCGUAACUUACUAUGAUAUGAAGUAAGAAACUAGCAGAUGUCAAAACCAGGGAGCAAACGAUCAAACCAACUCUUCUGCUUCGGUUUGCGGAAAAGUCAGAUAUGAUUGGGAAGGAACCAGAAGCAAAAUAAUGGGUGGGCUGUCUAACUGUUCGAACUGACAUCAUAUUUUAGUGAGAACUACGUAGGAGGGCAGAGAUCUAAACACACAAUCAACAAGCC